UGUGUACCGUUUCAAUGUAUGCCUUUUUGCCUCCUCAGGGUUUACUCCACCAGGAAUGGAAAGGCCAUCCCCAGAUAACAGCCCAGUCCACGGCCUCCUCCGUCAACCUUCCAUCACAACGGGGGUUAAUAUCCCGAUUAUAACAGAGUUAGUGAACGAUUCAAAUGUUCAGUUUUUGGACCAAGAUGACGACGACGACCCCGAUACCGAACUGUAUCUCACUCAGCCCUUUGCGUGUGGAACUGCAUUUGCAGUCAGCGUACUGGACUCUCUCAUGAGCGCAACAUACUUCAACGACAAUAUUCUCACGCUGAUACGUACGUUGGUAACGGGAGGAGCCACGCCAGAGCUGGAAGCGCUGAUUGCCGAGGAGAAUGCCCUGAGGGGGGGCUACAGCACGCCCCAGACCCUGGCCAACAGGGACCGGUGUCGGGUGGCUCAGCUGGCAUUGCUAGACGGGCCCUUUGCAGACCUCGGGGUGAGGCUGAGACAGGAAAAGGAAGCUAAAGGCAACCAUUUUAGGACUGCUAUUGUCUCUUCCUGGAUUAUAAAUACGAACGAUUACCCUGAAGGCAGCAUGCAUCCUAGUUUUGUGAUUGGCCUGAAACCGUACCAUGAAUGUAGCUUGGGAUCCCCGACCUUUUUGGACCUUUUUGUUAUAGCCAACCCACCUUACGAAUUCGAACUUGUGCCGACGGAUUUGAUCUUCUGUCUGAUGCAGUUCGACCACAAUGCUGGCCAGUCCCGGGCCAGCCUCUCCCACUCGUCCCAUUCUUCCUACGCUACUCUUCUCUGUUUCUCUUUCAGUUUUGUUAUAGCCAACCCACCUUACGAAUUCGAACUUGUGCCGACGGAUUUGAUCUUCUGUCUGAUGCAGUUCGACCACAAUGCUGGCCAGUCCCGGGCCAGCCUCUCCCACUCGUCCCAUUCUUCCUACGCUUCCAGCAAGAAGAGCGCGUCGAUCCACUCCAUCCCCUCCACCACAAACCGACAGAACCGUGCAAAGACCAGGGAAUCUCGGGAAAAGCAGAAUGCAACAAGGAUGAAUAGGAUGGGCCCAGAAAAGAAAUGGUUUACAGAUGAGCCGGACAAUGCCUAUCCCAGAAACAUUCAAAUCAAGCCAAUGAGUACACACAUGGCUAAUCAGAUCAACCAGUAUAAGUCUACAAGCAGCUUGAUACCACCCAUCAGAGAAGUUGAAGAUGAAUGUUGACUUACAGAAGGCCAGAACUUAUAUAUUUUUUUUAGAAAAAGAAGCCUGACAGACUCACAAAUGGUGACGUGACACUUAUUAUUCUUUUCAUGCUCAACCACUGGUGGAAAAAGAGUUCUAAGAGUUUGCUGGAAAGCAAAGUAGACAUCUUUGUUUGUCUGCCUUCAAUAUUUUGCUUCCAUGUAUUUUGGAAACUGUUUCAUUUAUAAAAGGAAAAAAAAGAGAACAUAAUCAAAGCAGUCAUGUAU